AGCGCCAGUAGCGUUCCGGGGCGGGCGGGUGCAGGAUCUGGGAGUGGAGCCGGGGUAUCAUGGCGCUUUUCCGCAUCAACAGAUACCUUGGUAGUGAGGAGGAUGCUACUGAGGACCGGUCACAGGCCCUGUUAGAACGGCUCCGUGAACAAGCUAAAGCCAGGCAACUGAAAAAGCAGCAGCAGGUGCUUUUGCCUUUUGAUGAAUUAAAACAAAAGGAAACAGAAAAUGAACUCCACCAAAAGCUCAUAAACUCUCGAUUUGAUUCUGAAAAUGAAUAUCAGAGAGAAGCAAAAAAGAGGAAGAGAGGACACAGCGGUGAGGGUUCCUGUGGAAAAGGGAAAAAGAAGCUGAGGAAGAACCACCAAGUGAGCAGUGAUUCUGAGAAGCCUUUGGCAGAAGCAGACUCUGACCUAGCUGGUGAGACUGCCAAUGGCUACAUUCCAGCUAAGAAGAAAAAAAAAGAAAAUGGGAAAAAAUCAAGUCUGUCUCAAAAGAAAAUUAAAGCAGAUCUUGACAGUAGACAACAGGAAAAUAAAAGUAAUUUGAAGAGACACCAAGCUAGGAAGAAGAAGAAAGAGAGGGACAUUCCAACUGAAGUUGAGACAAAUGGAACUGAAAUUGCUGAGAAAGAUGGUAGUGAAGAAGUUAAAGGAAAUCAAAGCACAAAGGAGGAAGUGUGGAAACCUACUUCGAAUGAAAAAGCAACACCACCACCCUCUAGUUUCUUGGUUUUGGGAGGGUCUGACAGAAGAGCAGUACAGAAGGUUCAGCCCAUCCUACCACAGUGGCUUGCUCAACCCAAGCUGGUCCAUAAACGCCUAAAAGAGAACCUAGUUCCAAUCCAGGAUGUUGAGGGAAUCCAUCCCAAACUGCUAAAGAAGCUGCAAAUGAAUGGAAUCGAGUCUUUUUUCCCAGUUCAGCAAGAGGUGAUUCCUGCCAUUUUGGAGAGUGCGUCCAGUGGCUUUUUGGUAGGGAGGGGAGGAUACCAGCCCAGCGAUAUCUGUGUCUCGGCCCCUACAGGCAGUGGUAAAACACUGUCUUUCGUCAUCCCUGUGGUACAGGCUCUGUUAAAACGAGUGGUUUGUCAGGUGCGAGCUCUGGCAGUUUUGCCCACCAAAGAACUGGCACAGCAGGUGAGUAAAGUAUUCAACAUCUACACUGAUGGGACGGGUCUGAAGGUUGUUUUGGUUACUGGGCAGAAAUCUUUCGGGAAGGAGCAGGAGACUCUUGUCCAGAGAACAGUGAUGGGUUACUGCAGUCUGGCUGAUAUCAUUGUGGCCACACCUGGACGACUUGUGGAUCAUAUUGACCAGACUCCUGGGUUUAGCCUGAGACAGCUUCGCUUUCUGAUUAUAGAUGAAGCUGACCGUAUGAUAGAUGACAUGCACCAGAACUGGCUGCAUCAAGUGGUAAAAGCAGUGUUCCGAGCCGAAGAUGACUCUGGCACCAACAUGCUUUUCCAGAGGACAGAACCGGGACCUGUAACGGCAGCCAGCACCUGCUGUCCCCAGAUACCACUACAGAAGUUGCUGUUCUCAGCCACACUGACUCGGAACCCAGAGAAACUGCAGGAACUGGGCUUGUACCACCCUCGCCUCUUCACAUCUAUCUGCUCUGAGAAACGAGCUGUCACAGCUGGGACAGAAACGGAACAGGAUACUGAAAAGAAAUACACUUUCCCUGAAGGACUUUCGCAAUAUUAUGUACCUUGUAACCUGAAUUCCAAACCUUUGUUACUCUUGUAUUUCAUGCUGAGAAUGAAAUUCACCCGGGUGCUCUGUUUUACCAACUCCAAGCAGACUUCCCACAGAUUGUUCUUACUGAUUCAAGCCUUUGGUGGAGUGAAUGUAGCUGAGUUCUCUUCCUGGUUGACUCCAAGUGAGAGACGGAGGACCCUGAAGGAGUUUGAACAGGGGAAGAUACAACUGUUAAUCAGUACAGAUGCCACUGCUCGAGGGAUUGACGUUAAAGGAGUGAAGUGUGUGAUAAACUAUGAUGCCCCUCAGUUCAUCAGGACUUAUAUUCACCGAGUUGGAAGAACAGCUCGAGCGGGCAAGGUGGGAUUAGCAUUCACCAUGCUCCUGAAAGUGCAGGAGUGGAAGUUUUUGCAGAUGCUGAGGGAUGCUGGCAGCCCAGAUCUGGAGAAGCAGCUGGUGAAGAGCGAGUAUUUAAAGCCAUUGUUGCAGCAAUAUGAGGAAGCACUGUCCAAACUCCAGAAAACUGUCAAGGAUGAGCGAGCACAGAAACGAGCAUGAGAAGACUGGUGUAUAUUUUCCAUGGCAAUGAAAUCAAGCCAGGACUGAUCACGUUUUUGCUGUUAAUGGCAAGUGUCAGGGUAACAGUGCAGCUCCAGAGCUGAUGGAUUAGCUGCCCAACCUCCUAGUCCAAAGGCUAAAUUGUCGCCUUGGCAACAGGCAUUGUGGACCCCUGAGGGAACUGGCAACAAAGCUCAGAUCUCAGCUUGAACAAAUAUUCUUUGAAGGGGAACACUCUCUCCUGUGCUAUUGGUAUACUGAAAACUGCCAACAGUAAAUAGAACAUCCUGCCUUCUUAGAAUGUGCAUCUGAUGGAGCUUCCAGUUAUCAAAUUUGAUGGGGCCAGGCCCCUCUUGGCUUUGCCUGUGGAUCAUUUCAGCAGACAAUUGUUUCUUCUCCUUUGCUGCAGACACACCAUCUGUAUCUGCAAAGUGCAUCAAAAGCCAUACCAUGUAUGUAGCAGAAUGCUGCCAUUUCAAGAAUGUUCCAGGCUGGGGGUGGAGAAAAAGGAUGACUUAAAUUUUUAAAUAAAGAGUAACUUUAAAAAAUGUGGUUUUG